CAGCUUUAGCAAGAAGAUACAAACAGAGAUUAUGAUCACAUAAUUAAAAUAAAGUAUUUUCAAAAUGAUCUGUCCAUCUUCAAUACUUCGGUAGUCUGGGGAGGGGCCAUACUGUUGCAGUGAUGCUGGACUGAAGGAAGCAGAGUUCACCAACACCAGAGCUGGACAAAUCCUGACUGACUGGAGAGAUUUCACACUGGACCUCCAGCAGCUCGAGUUCUGCUUUUUUAUUUCUCAUUUAUUGGUUGUUUUCUUUUAAUAAGUAGUUUUGGAGCUUUUUAGUCAAACCCAAACAAGGAAAAAGGUGCUGAAUUUCACCUUGUGAGUCCCACGUCCUCCGACAGGAGUGGAUAACCUUGACCAACGCCUCUCAGUGUUUCGCCCGUUUCUUUCACUCUCACGCGUGGACUAUCGGCUCCAAGCCUUUCACGGGGCGGGGGAGCAUCUUGAGCAGCCCUCCGUGCGUCACGGCGCGCUCUGGACUCUCCGCCCCGCAUGACAAUUGUUGUGAUGACGCCGCGUCCUGCCGCUGUCCUGUGAGAGCACACUGACAUCCUUCUCCGUGGACACAUCCACGCCGCUCCCGCACAGCAUCACAGACCAGCACCGGUUUCUCCGAACCUGGAUGAUUCUGAAAACUGCAAACAGGACCUGAAUCCAGGAGCUGAGGUCCAGCUGUGACCCCCCAUCAUCGCCCCAACAGCUGCAGUUUUCUGGCCACUCUUUCUUUCUGUCGCUCCCCAUUCUCCUCCGCCUCUUUCCACUCCUGCCCCCUCCCCGCCCUCAGCCUCCCUGAUGCCGAAGAACAGCAAGGUGACGCAGCGCGAGCAGAGCCACGAGCACGUCACAGAGUCUGUGGCUGACCUGCUCGCAAAUGAGGAGCUGCUGGAUUACAAGAGCAGCUCCCUGACCGUGGGGGCGGCCUCAGAGAAGAAGGUCCCGCAGAUAGAAGUGCCCGAAAACGAUGGCCGGCCCGCCUGGAACAGCAAGCUGCAGUACAUUCUGGCCCAGGUGGGCUUCUCUGUUGGGCUGGGGAACGUGUGGCGCUUCCCGUACCUGUGCCAGAAGAACGGCGGAGGGGCUUAUUUGGUUCCUUACUUCAUCCUCCUCCUCAUCAUCGGCAUCCCGCUCUUUUUCUUGGAGCUGGCGGUGGGUCAGAAGAUCCGGCGUGGGAGCAUCGGAGUGUGGAACUAUGUCUGUCCUCGUCUGGGAGGGAUAGGAAUGUCAAGUCUGAUGGUGUGUGGAUUUGUAGGUCUCUACUAUAACGUGAUCAUCGGUUGGAGCAUCUUCUACUUUUUCCAGUCCUUCCAGUACCCUCUACCAUGGAGCGACUGUCCCAUCAGGAAGAACGGGAGUCUGGCCAUCGUAGAGCCGGAGUGCGAGAAAAGCUCGGCUACGACCUACUUCUGGUACCGUCAGACUCUGAACACGACCAGCACUAUAGCGGAGAGCGGCGGGCUGAAUGUGAAAAUGACCCUGUCCCUGCUGGUGGCCUGGAUUAUCGUCUGCCUCGCCGUCAUUAAAGGGAUAGCCUCCUCUGGAAAGGUGAUGUACUUCAGCUCCCUGUUCCCCUACGUGGUGCUGUUCUGCUUCCUGGUCAGAGGUUUGAUGCUGAAAGGAUCAAUCGAUGGGAUCGCUCACAUGUUCACUCCAAAGCUGGAGAAGAUGUUGGAGCCGCAGGUGUGGAGGGAAGCCGCCACGCAGGUCUUCUUCGCCCUGGGUCUGGGCUUCGGAGGAGUGAUCGCCUUCUCCAGUUACAACAAGAUAGACAACAACUGUCACUUUGAUGCCGUGCUCGUUUCCUUCAUCAACUUCUUCACCUCCAUUCUGGCCACGCUGGUGGUGUUUGCCGUGCUGGGCUUCAAAGCGAACAUCAUGAACGAGAAAUGUGUCUCAGAGAAUGCAGAAAAGAUUCUGGGAUACCUCAACUCUAAUGUGCUGAGUCACGAUCUAAUUCCUCCACAUGUCAACUUCUCUCGUCUGACCACAUCAGACUACGCUGAGCUGUACGGGGUCAUCAAGACGGUCAAGGAGGACGGUUUUGCCAGGCUGGGUCUAGAUCCUUGUCUCCUGGAGGAUGAGCUGAACAAGGCUGUCCAGGGCACCGGCUUGGCCUUCAUCGCCUUCACGGAGGCUAUGACGCAUUUCCCGGCUUCCCCUUUCUGGUCCGUCAUGUUCUUCUUCAUGCUCAUCAACCUCGGUCUGGGGAGCAUGAUCGGCACCAUGACUGGAAUCACAACACCCGUCCUCGACGCCUACAAAGUCCAGAAGGAGCUACUCACAGUGUGUUGCUGCAUUGUGGCAUUUUUUUGUGGCCUGCUGUUUGUUCAGCGCUCAGGAAACUACUUUGUCACCAUGUUUGAUGACUACUCUGCCGGUCUGCCUCUGACUGUGGUGGUCAUCCUGGAAAACAUCUCUGUCUCCUGGGUUUAUGGCGCUAAGAGAUUCAUGCAAGACCUGGAGGACAUGUUGGGUUUCCGUCCGUCCAUACUCUACUUCUACCUGUGGAAGUACGUCUCCCCCCUGUGUCUCAUUGUUCUCAUCUCAGCCACCGUCAUAGAGAUGGCCAUCAGCCCACCAGGAUACAACGCUUGGGUGGAAGAGCUGGCGCAGGAGCAGUUCCAGAGCUACCCUCCCUGGGCUCUGGUCAUGUGCUUCGCUCUCAUUGCGGUGGCAAUGCUUCCCCUCCCCCUCGUCUUCAUCGCACGCCAGUUCAACCUGAUGUCAGACGGCUCCAACAAGCUGGCCGUCUCCUACCGUAAGACCAUGAUGAAGGACAUAUCAAGCCUGGAGGACCAGGAUGAGGCAAGAUCCAUCCUCGGGGCCAAACCUGGCGAGGCGCCAUCGUCCGCCGCAGCGCGCAGACCCUUCCUCACCCCGGGGAGCAACAAACCCCUGGAUCCCAACUCUCUGUCUCCCAACAUUUGCUACGGUACAGGCUACCAGAAUGCAGCCAUAAGCCCCACCACGCCAUCGACUCCACCCACGCCCGCUACGCCAGAGUCAGACUCUUGAAUGUUGCAGCCCCUCCCCUGACUCCCCGUCCUGCAGCACACUUUACUUUUCAGCCAUAAAGUCUCCACUAAGAUGAAGAUGAACAAACUCCCCAAAAUGACAACCUGACCAGAUGUCCUGCAGGUUUCUUUGCUUCACGCGUCUGGAUGAGAACUCCAUUCAAGCAGAGCGCAAGCAGUUUAUGGAUUUUGCAGUUGAUUAAGCUUCUGUUGAAACAUCUCCAAACACUGUGUCUGAGAAGACGACCUCCUGCCCUUUUGCCCCCCGUCUUCUGAACCCCAGAAGACUGGCGUACUCUGCUCUGCACUCGUGUCGGCAAAGGAUGAAUGUAGGAGAGCAGAAAAGCACAGACAACUGCAUCUGGUUAUUAUUCUCUAAGCAGUAAAUUCCCUCGGACUUUCACCGCUGCCCUUCUGUGGCAGCAGAACCAUUCUCAUUUACCGUGUCAGAAGAUCCACUUUCUGAUCUGACCAAACCAUCUCUGUGAUAGGAUUCCUUUGUGGCCGGAAGAAACUGAAGACUGCUUUAACCCCUGUGCUAUCUGUGCCUCUAAGGCACGUUAACGUUAGGAGUGGGUCAUCUGAACCCCAUAAGACAGGUAUCGGCUUGUUCAGCACACUGUCUUGUGCCUCCAAGGCACUUUAACGUUGGGAGUGGGUCAUCUGGACCCCAUAAGACAGUGCGCUGAACCUUUUUUCUUCACUGG